CUUGUUCUCCAGCAGGCUGCCUUCAGUGUCACUUCCUGGUUGGUAGUAAAUGAAACUGAGACUCCACCUCCCUUCCCCGGCUCUCUGCUUGCCUCACAGUAACCAGCUGCCUGGCUGACAUGGGGCAUUCAGACCCAGACAGAGGCAUGUCCUCUGUGCAGGCCCUGGGGGGCCCCAGUGCCGGGCAGACCUGCGUGCUGAUCCUGAUCUUCACAGUGCUCCUGCAGUCCCUCUGUGUGGCCGUGACUUACCUGUACUUCACCAACGAACUGAAGCAGAUGCAGGACAAGUACUCCAAAAGCGGCAUCGCUUGUCUCCUAAAGGAGGAUGACAGUUCCUGGGACUCCAUCGACGAAGAGAACAUGAACAGCCCCUGCUGGCAGGCCAAGUGGCAGCUGCGGCAGUUCAUUCGAAAGAUGCUUUUGAGAACCUAUGAGGAAACCAUUCCUACGGUUGAAGAAAAGCCACAAACUCUUCCUUCCCCAGAAAGAGAAAAAGAAAGAGAAAAAGAAAGAGAAAGAGGGCCUCAGAGAGUCGCAGCCCACCUAACUGGGAACAGCUGGAGAAGCUUUAUCUCAGUCCCAGCUCCAGGCUCCCAGAGUGGAAAGAAUUUGGGCCAGAAAAUAAGCUCCUGGGAAUCAUCAAGGAAAGGACAUUCAUUCCUGAACAAUUUGCACCUGAGGAACGGAGAGCUGGUUAUCCAUCAAACAGGACUUUAUUACAUCUACUCCCAAACAUACUUUCGAUUUCAGGAACUUGAAGAAAUUUCAGGAACAAUUUCAAGAGAAGAGAGCAAAAAGAGGAACAAACAAAUGGUACAAUAUAUUUACAAAUGGACAAGCUACCCUGACCCUAUACUUCUGAUGAAAAGUGCUAGAAAUAGUUGUUGGUCUAAGGAUUCAGAAUAUGGACUCUAUUCCAUCUAUCAAGGAGGAAUAUUUGAGCUUAAGGAAAAUGACCGAAUUUUCGUCUCUGUAACGAAUGAGCAGUUGAUUGACAUGAACCAAGAAUCCAGUUUUUUUGGGGCCUUUUUGAUUGGCUAAAUGAUCUGCAAAGGAAAAAAAAGCAAUCUGCUCAAAGUGACCAUUCGUUCUUCAGGAUAAUAUACUAUGAAAAUAUCUGCAAUAAGUCUAACAAAGAAUGGCAACCAGAACAGAACAGCCUCCAUCGAAAACUCUAACAUACACUGUUCAGUAUCUCUGAAAGGACUUCUUAUUCUAAGAUCCUCCCAAGACUCUAUCUAAUAUGAGUUUGCUAGCAGAAAUUUAGAGGUUCUUGGCUUCCAAGCAGUUAUACCACAGUUAAAGCUAUGUCAUUCUCCUUGGCGAAGGUUGCCUAAGAAAGAGCAGCAAUCCAUCCGUUCAGUAGGGAUACCACAGCGGUAGCUGCCAGAUUGUGUUGACAACAUCCCCAAGUUGGGAGAGAAAGGGGCUCCACGGCAGGUUCCUGGUCUUGGGAGGCAACGCUCCAUCACGAUGUGCAGUGUGCAAAGAGAGUCUGUGUUGUGCAAGACCUCGCAGGAUUAUAACACACACCUGGAUUUGAUGGAAAUAAGACAAUUCCACUCAAUGUACAAUCAUUUUAUAAAAAAAAAAAUUUGUAAAAUUAAAAAAAUCAUCCAGAGUGAACAGGGUACCGGCAGGAACUAUUCCUGAAUGACUUGUGCAUUUUCACUACUGAAAGUCAGGCUCAACUAAAGCACUGAACAUAUUUUCCAUAAAGGACUUUGUAGCAAGUGGUUUCGUGAUCAAAAACAAGGGAAUUUGGUUUCGUGUGAGCAGAAGAGAUGGGAAAGUGGAAAUGACAAGUACAAACAAAUCAGCAAAAAGGAGCCAAAUAAAGUCAUUCCCCUUGCCCCCUGCCCAAUGUUGAUAUGUGAUAUAGAUCUGCCUAAGUUUGCAUCACUUAUUUUGACCCUGCAAAAAGAACAUUAAUUACUGUUGAAUUCCAAAAUCAUCACACAAAACAUUUCACCAUUUAAUCCAUCCACUUGGGGGAAAACUAAUUGGGUUAUUUCUAACCACAGCAUAAUUGACACUCUUUGGUGGUAUGUCCAAACCUUCAUUUAAAUGGAAUACGAUCAGCAAGAUCUUCAAACAUGCUCAUUUGAAUUUAAAUAUACAAUGUACUAGAAACACCUGAUACUUGUGAACACUCUACCUUUAUUUUUCCCUAGUACCAAUCAAGUUCUUACAUCCUAACAAAUCAAAGUAUUUGUGGCCCUCCUUUUGAAACCUUCACGUUAGAAUGUAAACAUUGAGAUUUCAGGGAACAUUUAGUCUCAUUUACAAUUGUAUCCCAGUACCUAGAAGAUUACCUGAACACAACACCCACACAAAACACACUUAAGAAAAAAUGAAUGGCUGGAUGAAUACAUAACCUUAAGGAAAAGACAGGGAAGUUUCUUGGGGGGUGAGGAAGAUCUUUUUAUUAAAGAUUCAAAACUCAGGAAAAAAGACUAAGAGUUUUGAUAACGUGGCAUUUGGGGAUGGAAAAGAGAAUUAAUUUUUGCUUUAUAUUUUUAUACUAGGUUGUACAAUGUUUUUCAAUAAAAUGUCAUAAUGUUAAAGUA